GAAAGUUUGAACUUUGAGGAUCUAUAAUCUAUAAAAAACACAAAUUAUUAUUUAUUUAUCUGUGGUCUUUGGUGGACUAAAUUGAUAAAAUAUGUUAAUUAAUGUUAAUACUAACUAAAUUGAAACAUUUACAUCAGUAAAGUGCUGAGAUAAAGUUUAGUUAACAACAAUAAUCUGAAGUUCUGUAAAAAGCAAGUAGCUACGUCUUCGAGUCAUAAUGGUUGAUAGAAAGAGUGUUAAGAAUGGCCUAUGACUUAAAAAAAGAAGAGGAAGUAAAAGAAUACAUCGAGAACCUCGGAAUUGAAUAUCGGUUCGGAUGUUACAAAGAAAAAAACCCCGAAGUUUGUCACCUUCUUGGUGACUACUUAGAAGCUAUUAAAAAAGAUUAUGGAAAAGCGGCAACAGUAUAUAAAAGUAAUUGCUUAGAUUAUAAUUACGGAAAAUCAUGUUUAAAAUACGGUAACUAUGCACUGAUCGGGCGAGGGCGAGAUAAAAGUGAUCCUCAAGAAGCGUUGCAUAUUUUCGAAAAGGGUUGCGAGUUAAACAAUCCUACGUCCUGUCUUCACGCCGGAUUGCUUUUAACAUCUACUGGUCCUAAUGUCACAGUACAGCGGGAUGUACCCAAAGGCUAUAAUUAUCUCAAAAAAAGCUGUGACAACAAGGAGUCUAUGGCUUGUCACUAUUUAUCGGGCAUGUACCUCACCGGUGUACCGAAAAAUCCCAAAGAAUACAAUCCACACAAUCCAGAGAAAAAUGCUAAACUUGAUUUCUUAAUAAAACCAGAUCUAAAACAAGCUUUUCAGUUCGCGUUGAGAGGAUGUGAGCUAGGCCAUGUCUAUGCCUGUGCUAAUGUCAGUUUGAUGUACAAAAAAGGUGACGGAGUUGAAAAGAAUCUAGACGAAUCAAAAAGAUACUUUGAAAUUGCCAAGAGUCUACAAAAUGCAGAUGAAACUACAAAGGAACUUAAAUUUCAACAAGGCCUUGACAAUAAAUAAUAUUCUUAGUUUAAAUAUGGUUGACAUUUAAACUGCAUUUGUCUUUUAAGUAUUUAAAUUGAUACCUCUAGUUGAUAUAGCUAAUUACUAUUUAAAUAAAGUAUUUAAAGAUGUU